AUGAAAUCAAGCAUACAAAUAUCACUCACCAGUGAGCAAUAUAUGAGGGUUUCUUAUGCUGAAUUAUUCAACGCAACAAAUGGUUUUGCUUCCGCCAACCUCAUUGGAGUAGGAAGUUUUGGCUCGGUCUACAAGGGAAGUAUGCGAAGCAAUGACCAACAAGUAGUUGUUGCUGUGAAGGUGCUCAACCUCAAGCGACGUGGUGCUUCUCAAAGUUUCAUUGCAGAAUGCGAGACACUGAGAUGCGCUCGACAUCGGAACCUUGUGAAGAUACUGACAGUAUGCUCUAGUAUUGAUUUUGAGGGUCAUGAUUUCAAGGCCCUUGUAUAUGAAUUCCUACCAAACGGUAACUUAGAUGAAUGGCUACACCAGCAGAUCAUGGGGGGUGGUGAACAGAAGGCAAUAGAUCACAUUGUGAGGCUAGGCAUUGCAAUUGAUGUGGCAUUCUCACUUGAAUAUCUUCACCAACAUAAGUCAUUGCCGAUUAUUCACUGUGAUCUUAAGCCAAGCAAUGUUCUCCUCGACAGUGACAUGGUUGCUCAUGUUGGUGAUUUUGCGCUUGCAAGAUUUGUACUUCAAGACUUGGAGAAUUCAAGUGGCUGGGCAUCAAUGAGAGGAACAAUUGGUUACGCCGCUCCAGAGUAUGGAGUUGGCAAUCAAGUCACAACCCAAGGUGAUGUCUAUAGCUAUGGCGUAUUGCUGCUAGAAAUGUUCACUGGAAAAAGACCAACAGACAUUGAUUUUGGGGAUGUUUUUGGCCUUCGCAAGUAUGUUCAGAUGGCACUGCCAGACAAGAUGGCUAAUGUCAUUGACCAAUGGUUAUUACCAGAGAUGGAAAAUGAUAAACGAGACAAGUCCAACUCUAACAAGAGCAGAGAUCUGAGAACAGCUUGCAUCACUUCGAUUCUGCGUAUUGGAAUUUCAUGUUCAGAGGAGACACCAACAGAUCGCCCGCAAAUUGGAGAUGCUCUGAAAGAGUUGCUAGCAAUAAGAGACAAAUUUCACAAGAAUCACUCCAGUGAAGGAGCACCAUCGAGCAACUGA